GAGAAUAGCUGUUGCGCAUGCGCACCAAAUGUUAGAAGAUGGCGGAGAGUGCGGAACUGAAGCAAAUGGUAAUGAGCCUUCGAGUUUCGGAGCUCCAGGUGUUGUUGGGGUAUGCAGGGCGGAAUAAGCACGGUCGCAAACACGAACUUUUGACCAAAGCUCUCCACCUACUCAAGGCUGGUUGCAGUCCCGCGGUGCAGAUGAAGAUCAAGGAACUCUACAGACGGCGCUUCCCAACCAAAAUGGUUUCGCCAGUGGACCUAGCCCUGCCUGGUGUUCAUUCUGCUUCCGGCCUGCCCUCCAGCCUCGCCCAGCUGGGAUUUGACAGCCACGGUUCCCCGUCGCCUCUGCUGCCUGUGUCGUUACUCGGGCCUAAGCACGAGCUGGGUCUGCCUCACCUCCCCUCCGCUCUUCACCCUGUACACCCUGAUGUCAAGCUCCAGAGAUUGCCGUUCUAUGACGUGCUGGAUGAGCUCAUUAAGCCAACCAGCCUGGCCUCAGACAACAGUCAGCGGUUUCAGGAAGCGUGUUAUGCCUUCGCGUUAACACCACAGCAAGUUCAACAGAUCAGCAGUUCCAUGGACAUAUCUGGGACCAAAUGUGACUUUGCAGUUCAAGUCCAGUUAAGAUUUUGUUUAUCGGAGACAAGCUGUCCUCAGGAGGAUCAUUUCCCCCCUAAUCUCUGUGUGAAGGUGAACAGCAAACCCUGUAAUCUCCCGGGUUAUCUUCCUCCCACCAAAAAUGGAGUUGAACCAAAAAGGCCCAGUCGCCCCAUUAACAUAACCUCCCUUGUUCGACUGUCAACCACAGUCCCCAACACAAUUGUGGUGUCGUGGACUUCAGAAAUUGGGAGGAGUUUUUCCAUGGCUGUUUAUCUGGUAAGACAGCAGUCCUCUGCAGUCCUGUUGCAAAGACUACGGGGCAAAGGGAUUAGGAACCCUGACCACUCAAGAGCUCUGAUCAAAGAGAAAUUGACAGCUGAUCCAGAGAGUGAGAUUGCCACCACCAGUCUACGAGUCUCUCUCCUGUGUCCUCUUGGGAAGAUGAGGCUGACAAUCCCAUGCAGAGCAAUAACAUGUUCGCACCUUCAGUGCUUCGAUGCUACACUUUAUAUCCAAAUGAAUGAGAAGAAGCCGACCUGGGUGUGUCCGGUCUGUGACAAGAAGGCACCGUAUGAGCAUCUCAUCAUUGACGGGUGA